GAGGGCGUGAUUUAACAGUUGGCGUUAAACAUACGCCAUUGCAGUUGACUGUUAUAAAAGUGAUUGUUAACAUUAGAGAAUUUUCUACCUUUGGUAUAGCAGUAGCGAAACAAAAUGGUGAAAACUGUGAAACGGAUUGCGUUUAGUGAAAAACAAAUUCUAAAUUUAAUUGAUUUGUAUAGAAAAAAGGAAUGUUUGUGGAAUACAAAGUCGCCGUUUUAUAAUAAUCAUGCAGAGCGUAGAGACGCUUUAAGAUUUAUAGCAAAAUCGCUGAAUUACAACGAGGAAACCAUUAAGAAAAAGAUUACCUCAAUACGAGCAACGUAUUUGCUCGAGAAAAAGAAAAUAAAGGAUAGUUUACUCGCGGGAAAUGGAGCUGAUACUAUGUACCGUCCAACGGUAAUAUGGUUCGAGCACAUGAAUUUUUUAGAUGGUGUUAUAAUUCCACGAAAAACAACAUUAAAUUUGGAAGUACAAACAACACAGCACUUAGGCCCCAGUGUACAUCCACACAAUUUACAGUUUAUUUAGGAGUCAGAAAACUAGCCCAAGGUUUUAAUGAAUGUUAGUAUAGAACAGAAUAAUCUUUA